ACCGGGGGCAGGACUUCUAUCCAAGUCGGAGUAGAGGAAGCCAAAGUACUGGAGAAUAGGCAGCGCAUACACCUACAGGCCGUACUCACAAUUAUCUCCACCGUCUGAGAGUUUAUCGGCAGAGAAAAUGAUCAAGUGCGUGCAGGGGAUGCUGUAUCUGUCGGUUCUGGUGGCGUUCGCCGCCUGCAACGCUCCUCCGGUACCGUUAGACGACAUCUUCAUUGAGAAAACUUUCGUGCCAGAGCAGUGUGUGCGCGCAGUCAAAGUAGGGGAUUAUGUCAGAUAUCACUACAUUGGCACGUUUCCGGACGGCAAGAAGUUCGACUCCAGUUACGACCGUGGCAGCACCUACAAUGUGUUUGUUGGUAAGAAGCAGCUGAUCCAAGGGAUGGACAAAGCUCUGGUGGGGAUGUGUGUCAACGAGAGAAGUCUGGUCAAGAUCCCACCUCACCUUGCCUACGGAAAACAGGGAUAUGGUGACAUCAUCCCUCCUGACUCCAUCCUCCACUUUGACGUGCUGCUGCUCGAUGUGUGGAACCCGGAAGACGGCGUCCAGACCAACACCUACCACACGCCCUCCAUCUGCUCCAGAAAGGUGGAGGUGUCCGACUACAUUCGCUACCACUAUAAUGGCACCUUGUUGGACGGGACGCUGUUUGAUUCCAGCCACACCCGUAUGCGUACCUAUGACACUUAUGUUGGGAUUGGGUGGCUAAUCGCUGGUAUGGAUCAGGGCCUUCUGGGAAUGUGUGUUGGAGAGAGACGCAUCAUCACUAUGCCACCCUCACUUGGAUAUGGAGAGAAUGGAGAUGGUAGUGACAUCCCAGGACAGGCGUCUCUGGUGUUUGAUGUUGUACUUCUGGACCUCCAUAACCCCAGAGAUGGGAUCACAGUGACCAAUCAGAAGGUGCCUGAGUCCUGCACGAGGAAGACCAUCUCUGGAGACUUUGUACGCUACCACUACAAUGGCAGCCUGCUCGACGGAACAUUUUUUGAUUCCAGCUACUCUCGUAAUCGUACCUAUGACACCUAUGUGGGUCGAGGCUACGUGAUUGCUGGCAUGGACGAGGGUCUGAUUGGAGUCUGUGUCGGAGAGAAACGCACCAUCACCAUCCCCCCACAUCUCGCCUAUGGAGAGGAGGGCACAGGCUCUAAGAUCCCUGGUUCAGCUGUGCUGGUCUUUGACAUUCACAUCAUCGACUUCCACAACCCAUCAGACAGCACUGAGGUCACUGUCACUUACAAGCCAGAAGAGUGUGAUAAGCAAACCAAGAAGGGAGACUUUAUCAAAUAUCACUAUAAUGCCUCUCUGAUGGACGGCACGUCCAUCGACUCCACGUAUAAUUAUGGAAAGACAUACAACAUCGUCCUGGGAGCCAACCAGGUCGUCCCAGGGAUGGAGGACGGACUGAUGGACAUGUGUGUGGGAGAGAAAAGGCACCUUGUUAUUCCUCCUCAUCUGGGUUAUGGGGAGAGAGGAGUCACUGACGAAGUUCCAGGGAGCGCUGUGCUGGUGUUUGACAUCGACCUAGUAGACAUGGAGGAAGGCCUUCCUGAAGGCUACAUGUUCAUCUGGAACGACGAUGUGUCACCUGACCUCUUUGCUGAGAUGGACAAAGACAAGAACGAGCAAGUGGAGCCCUCUGAGUUUACUGACUACAUCCUGCGGCAGGUGAAUGAGGGCAAAGGCCGCUUGGCUCCUGGCUUCGAUCCUUAUCGCAUCAUUGACAACAUGUUCUCCAACCAGGACCGGGAUGGAGACGGAAAGAUCACAGAGGCAGAGUUCAAACUUAAAGCAGAUGAAGCCGCCCCCCAUGACGAACUAUGACGGGACUGAGUGUAAAACUCAGGUGUAUGCUGAAGGGUCAGACAGUGGGGGGUGAUAUUACAUAUGUGGGUGGUAGCGUAGAAAAAUAUUGGGUUGUAUGGGUAAAGUAAGCAAGUGUGAAGUAAGAAAUGUGCUGAGAGAUUUUGUUUAUUUUAUUUUGAAGACUCAGAUGAUGGUCAAAGGGCGUCUUGUCCUUUGAGAGCCAAAUGAGUCUGAGAAGAAAGGAGGAGGAUUUAGGAAUGAGAAGAUUUUGAGAAAUAAAUAUUGGAAAGAAGACAAAUAAUUUGAGGACUAUAAUGACAGUGAAUGACUUUUUUUUACCUCUUCUCCCAUCAAGUUCUUGUCUUGUUUUAUGUGACAUUUUUUUCAUUUUGAAGGGUACAAAAGCACUCAUGUGUGAGAGAACAAUCCAAGGCCUCACUCCACGAUCUCUACAUUCAACACUCCUUCAUGACUUUUAUUGUUGUUAACAUUUUGUGGUUGUGCGUGAAACUUGGUUUUCUUUUUACUGGGUAUCAGCUUGUCUCUGAAAUAUCUGACAGUCUUCCAUGGAGCAAUGAGUCGGUCAUCAAUCACUGUAAUAUACUGUGAUGGAGAAAAGUUACAUUUUGCGUUACCACUCAUUUAUCAAUGAAAGUAGGUGAUCAUUUUAAGUGAGAGGUUUAAGUUAGAAUAAUGUUUUAUUUACAUAGUUUACAGCUGACACCUUCCACUGUUUUACAUUUAAAUGUCAGGAUGACUUUUCUGCUGUUCAAAUCAUCUGAAAUAACACUGAAAAGGCCCCAGAUGUUGUUGGGGCUUUCCAGUCUUUCAAUCACUUUUGGUCAACUAGUUGUUGCAUCGCUUGUUUUUGUCAAAUGUCAACACCUAAUUGCAAUUUAAGAAUUUGUGUGAGUGUGUGUGUUUGAGAGAGAGUGAGAAAUGUGUGUGUGAAUGUUGUUUUUGUUUUACUUUUUCAUUAAGGAGAAUACUGAGGCUUGAUGACAAUGUCAACACAAAGUUUAAUUUGAUUAAAUGACCUGACCUAAAUAUA